UCUGCCGGUAGCCACCCAAAAGUGCUCAUCGCUUUGAUUAUGUGGAAAAGUUGUUUUUGGGUGAAAUUUUCACUCGUGUUUUUGAUCAUUUUUGCCCAGACCGCUUCCAGUAAACACCAUCACCAUGGCGGCAAGAACAGCAAGCACCAUGGAAGUAAACUUCAAAAAGCAAUACUCAACACGGUGAUGACGAUCCUAGAGAACUAUCUGGAGCACGUCUGGGACGAGGCAAAAGAUGGCAUCUACCACGUCGUUGAUGCCCCUCUGGAUAACCUCGGCGACGUGAAAGAUCUGUUUGAAGCAAUAAAGAACAGGAAAAACAAGAAAAAGUCAGGGAAGAAGCAGAAGCCUCUGUCCAAGUACGGUGCCGGUAUCAAGGACGAAAUCAAGUUCGGCCUUCACGAGAUCAUCGCCUCUCCGAUGGACAACCUGCCGGCCCUCAUUUACAACGACCGCGUCGAUCCGACCGCUCACCCGCAUUGGAAGAUGCGCUCGGAAACUGGAGGGGCAGAGCCCUAGGCUGGAGCUGCAUAUCGCCUGCCUACCCCGAACGUAACCUCAGCUGCUCGUGACAUGGGCGGACGAUGCCGCGGUGUGCUGACCCCGCUCCCUAACUGCCUAUCAGCCUACGUGCCUACUGCCUAAGUGCUUAUCAGCCUGUCGAUGAAAAUGCACUCACGGGUCUUCAAUAUUGAUAUGCAGCAGGCUCUGCCUUAUCGACUGUCCAGCGGCAUUGCCAACCAGAUUUAUUGCUGUCGGUACUUGCAUGAAACAUUUACAUUUGAGUAGUCAACAUUGUACUUCUGUCUUUGCAGACUGACUUAGAAGAUGGCAUUGAAUACUCUUGCUGAUGCACACAUACUCGCAUCAGACUGAAAAAUCGUUAAAUGAUACCUAAUCGUAGUUGAGGGAAAUGUGCAUCAAUUAUCAUAUGUUAUUGUGUACCUUAUUGUUAUUGAGUGUUCUUAUAUUGUUGGUAAUCUAAUUUCAUGUCAUGUCAUUGCAAAUGUUAUUCAUUGGUAUGAAUAAAACAAACAUCGGGU